UUCAGUUUCAUAGCUUACUAUUGAGAUAUAUAUAUUGUAAUGUUUAAUAUUUUACUAAUCUUUCUGUGUUUCUCAUCAAUUUCCAAAUUGCCGCUUUCAUUUGCUUCGGAACCUGACCUUGCCCAAGGUACAUGGGGAGCAUGGCUAAAACCAUCGGACUGCGACUCCUACCGGAAAGUUGACUUGAAUUCAGUAACAGUAACUCAAAGACAAUGCUUGGUUGAAAACCAAACUGUGGAACAAAUACACUGUGACGGAACGUAUAAAGUCGAAGUAAAUUGUACAAAUGAUUUAUCUCCGGUCGCAAAAGGAGUCAGAGCUGUUGCGGAAUCGUGGCCAUGGCAGGUUUUUAUCGAGCUUGACAAUGGUGCAGAUCAAUGCGGUGGAAGUCUAAUAUCAGAAACCUGGAUACUAACAGCUGCUCAUUGCUUUGACGGAAAACUAGCAACAAGAAUAUCAUUCAAUACUAAAGACAAGGACGCACCAGAAGCCACGGCAGUUAAUACGAAGCCUGAAAAAGUAAUUUGUCACAAAGGCUUUCAAUCAAGGGACUUAACAAAUGAUAUUUGUCUCAUCAAAAUUCCUUGGCCAGAAUACAUGGGAUACUCUUCACCUGUACCAUAUGCAUUUGACGAAAUAAUUGAUAUACCAGAAGGAACAGUGUGUACCGUUGCCGGAUGGGGUUAUGAUGAGCAUGGAAAUUUGCAUCAAUAUUUACAAGAAGCCGAAGUAAAAAUAAUAGACAAUAAUCAAUGUCAGGAAUGGCACGAAAAACACGGAACCAUGAUUCCAGCAAACACUGUCUGUGCCGGACACACAGAAGGCGGUGCAGACACGUGUGGAGGAGACAGUGGCGGUCCUUUGAUAUGCAAAACAAGUGGUACAAGUUUUCUGUACGGUAUAAUUAGUUUUGGGCCCAUACAUUGUGGGGCGAAAGAGCUACCGGGUAUUUAUACAAAAGUGCAAAAUUUUUUGACUUGGAUCAACGAAACAAUUGAGGAAGCUUCUUUAGGAUAUCAUUGGAGUUCGUGGGAUGAGACAUGUACUGUCACUUGUGGGGAAGGAGAAAUGAUAAUGCAACGAUAUUGUCUCGAUAAAGAUAACGACACAAUUGAUUCUGAUAAAUGUGGCGGAUUUGAUUUCGACAUUGACCUGUGCUUUCUACCAAAUUGUGAUGCGAUGGGAGUGCCAAAAUAUUUAUGGUCUGCAUGGGAAGGCGAAUGCAGCGUUAAUUGUGGCAUAGGCUAUAUGAAUAGAACACGAAAAUGUUUGGAGAAAAGAAAAAAAGUCGUUUUCUCAAGAUUAUGCGGAAAAGAGUCGCCGAUCGAGUACGCAAAAUGUUUCAACUCUAGAAGAUGCUCAGAUAAUGUAUCAUGCAAUUCAAUAUCGAGCGAGUUCUUGGAAACUAAGUUUGACGUUAUUUGUCCACCUGGAUGCCCACUUCCAACUUGGGAGAAACAUGUGUUAUGGGGAACUGAUAUUUAUACAGAUGAUUCCUACAUAUGCACUGCUGCUGCCCACAGUGGAGUUAUUAAUGCAAACGAGGGUGGGAGAUUCACCGUAUGGAAAACUGACGGAUUAUCCAGGUAUGAAGGUUCCACGAGAAAUGGAAUUACUUCAAUUCGAUACUCAAAUUGGGAAGUUUCGAUCGUGUUUUAUGACAUACUUUUUAUAGAUCCUACAUACGCAUGGAGUUCAUGGUCAUCUUCGAAAUGUAGUGUAUCGUGUGGAGAAGGAAUGGUUAUCAAAAUACGACAUUGUGAAUCGCCGCUCGGGAAUGUGGACAAUGGAAAAUGCGAAGGGAUUACAAACAUGUUCGAAAAGUGUUACGAGCCCAGCUGUGGAGAAAUAUCUGCCUGGGGAGAUUGGUUGUCGUUCGGAUGUAGCGUCACUUGUGGAAAUGGGGAAAUAUUCAGACUUCGACAUUGUAGGCUGAAUGGAGAAAGGGCUGGUGACUGCCCUGGCAUAUCUGAAGAGAAAGUCGCGUGCGAAGAACCUGUUUGUGAAGAACAUUCUUCGUGGGGACCAUGGAUAUCAAGUUCAUGUAGCGUUACUUGUGGAUCUGGAGAAAUUUCACGAAUGAGAUUUUGUCGGUCAGAUAAUGGCUUUGCUUCUGGCUGCCCGGGGGACGCCAAAGAUACAAUAGUUUGCGAGCGCCCUGAUUGUGAAGGUAUAUCGUAAAAUGGUGCACGAAAUGCAUCGAUAUGGAGAAAACGAAGUACAGAAGCGUAUGGGCAUUUUGCCAAUAUAUUACCUUAUAAGUUACUUUCAUGGCUCUUGAAAAAUUCUUUGGAGUCUUUUAAAUUGAACUACUUUUUUGCAGAGAAUUUUUCUUUUUAUUGUGAACGAAAUUAUUAUUAUUUUCACGAAAUAAACUGAUUAAGUAGAGUGAGAACCGGACAAAAAUCUUUCCACUGUCGGCUAUGAAUCAUGAUGCAUUUGAUAUUACUUUCAAACGAGGGAUAAAACUCACCGUGAAGAGAAUUAGAUACGAUCUUAUUCAACUUACACCGAUAAAAAAAUAAAUAAUCUACAAAUAUUGCAAAACAAGAAAAAAAUAUUUUGUACAAGUAUUGUUAUCGUAAGUUUGAAUAAAUCACAAGGUACUGUACCAUGUCCAGGCAUCCUGUUGAAUAAGCAUUUGCGAAUGAAUAAUCAUACCGAAGCCAUCUUUCGGCUGGCAAAUUACA